AAAACUCAGCCUGUGUGUGUUGUGUUUCCCGCCCUCUGCUCCACAGAAUGAAUACAUGCACGAUCAAUAUGAAAGUUCAGACUUUUAUUUCUAUCUUUUAAUUGGCUCAAGAGGGUGACAUACUGUAUAUUUUACCCCGAGGGAUAAAGGCUUCCAGUAGGCUUAGUUCAUUUCACUUGGAAAGCUCUGGAGCUUCAUAUGGCGCUCUGCUCGGUAAGCCUCUUAUGAAUCACGACCGCAGCAGAUGUAGGGAGAAUGCCAAUCAGGAGCUCCUGCUGAGCGGAGAAACCCGACGGCUGUGCCGCUGCGCGCUUCAACACUCUCUGCCUCGGUUCACUUGAAUCACACCUUAAAUGUCGUUUGGCGCUUUGUGUUCGCAGUUUGAACCAAAACUACAACAGCAGAGGAAACACGUGGGCUGUGAGAGGAUGGAGCGCGCAGGGAGCCUCUAAACAAACAAAACAAAAACCCCGCUCCCUGUCAGAAGGCAGAGACAUGCUGCCUCAGGAGGUCGUGAAGCAGAAGCCGCGCCGUGUGUCGGAACCGAUGUGCGGAGUGGACGGUCCCACGACUCCGCCUCGGAUCUUGAAGAACCGGGACUUCCCUCUGAGCGCGAAGCGCCGGCGGUCCGGCUCCGCACCUGAGCGCAAGGUGAACUGCGUCCUGGUUGGAGACGGAGCCGUGGGCAAGACCAGCCUCAUCGUCAGCUACACCACCAACGGAUACCCGACAGAAUAUGUUCCGACUGCGUUCGACAACUUCACCGUGAUGGUUGUGGUGGACGGGAAACCAGUGCGGCUGCAGCUGUGUGACAUGGCCGGACAGAAAUGGGGGCUGGUUGACGGAUCAAUCAAUGACGAGCUGGACCGGCUCCGGCCGCUGUGCUACAAGAACGCCGACGUCUUCCUCCUCUGCUACAGCGUGGUCCGCCCCUGCUCUUUCCGCAACCUGAUCACUAGGUGGGUUCCCGAGGUCCGUCAGCACUGUCCUGGUGCGCCUCUGGUCCUCGUAGGCACCCAGCUGGACCUGAGGGAGGACGUCCAGGUCUUGAUCCACCUGGCACAGAACCAGGAGCGGCCGGUGGGCACCGAGGAGGGCCGGCAGCUCGCCCAGGAGAUCGGGGCAGUGGGCUUUGCAGAGUGCUCGGCUCUAACCCAGAAGAACCUGAAGGACGCUUUUGAUUCGGCCAUCCUGGCCAGCAUCCAGCAGACAGACACUUGUAGCGUCCAGCAGCAGAGGCUGACUCUGAGGAAGAAGACGCCCGAUAAGAUCAAGAGCCUCUCGGAGACCUGGUGGAGGAAGAUCAGCUGUCUGAUGGGAGAGCAGAGCUGUGACUUCAAGUGAACACAACAAACAGGAGUCACAUCAUGUUUCAAACACUGUCUAGAUUUGGUUUUGCUUUCCAACACAGGGUGGCAGACGGGUGGCGAGUAUCACCAAACAGGUAAACGUAGCAAGAUCCAGACGAGCUCAGAGCUGCAGGUCUGUCAGUUCACAGUCAGCAGAAUAAAUGUUGGCAAUGUACGUUUCUGCAAAACACAGAUAUGCUGCAACUGCUGAGGAGCACGAGAACAAGAACCCAAGAGGGAAAUGGACCCUGAAAAUCCACAUCAAACACAGGCAAAUGUUUAAACUGCUUCAUGAACAGUUGUCACUGGCUUGGUCGUUAAGUCGACCAUCGACCUCCUGACAUGAAAGUCAACUUACAAACAUGCUGUGUGAACACGAUGUGACACAUAUCGUAGAAAUGUCAACAUGCACGACACGUAUAAACUUGAACAUAUCUGUUUUUUGCAGAGACGAUAAUCGCCAAAAUGUUGAGGUGGUGACGGAGCUGCAGUUCAGCUUCCAAACUGAGAGGCCGAGAGUGAGUAGAAGUGAGGAGGGAGGAGUCCAACAGAACCUGUGAAGACGGUUUUAAAUCGUUAUCAGACAGUUCUGAUGACAAACUGAGACUGUAGAGUUUAAAAACAUUUAGCAGACAGAGAGGUUUUAUUAAGAAGAGCUACCAAGUUGCAUUUUGGGAAGUGUUGUAUCCAAAGGUUUUUAGAGCCUGAAGAGCUUUUCUCAGGAAGUCUCAGCCUCUUCUGCUUCAACAUAUUGUAUUGAUGUAGAUAACUCCACCCGUCUGAGACUCCCAGGAGGUUAAAACUAAUCUUUUCAGACCAGGGUUCAGUAUGAUCAGAGAUCUUAACCUUGUUUUUUGACUCGAUGUUUGUGUUGUUUGUCACAUUACACCCCAGCAUCACUAGUACUUUAACUGUAGGUUUUAUAGGUUAAUUAUUUAUGUUUGUAUUUAUAUAUUUAUAUUUUCAUCGCCGUCACUGAUCAUGGAAUAUGCUCAGAAGCCUUGAUUAAAGUUUAUAACAACUGUU